AGGGAGGGAGACGGUCGACAUUGAUGAUUUAACAAUGUUUCUGCUUGGAGUGGAAUACCCUAACCAUUACUACCUCUUUCUCCUGCAGCUCUUUAGGGUGGACCCUCGAUACAUCCUCUUCAUCCACCUGGUUCUCAACGAUAUCAUCCAGCUGUCGUUGUCUGGGCUUCUGGUCGUUAUCUGGUACAUCUUCAACACCAUCAACGUUUCUUUCUGCUGCCUCCUGCUGGUCAUCCCCAUCUGCACUACCCUCAACACCCCUCUCAACCUGGCCUGUAUGGCAGUGGAGUGCUAUGUAGCUGUGUGCUUCCCUAUGCGUUACCUACAGAUUUGCACUGUGAAGAGAACCUACAUCCUGAUAGGUUUGAUUUGGGGGGCGAGUGCCAUCUCCAUCCUACCCGACAUCUUCCUGCUCGUGAUAGUGGAGCCUCCAAGCUUCUUUCAUACCAGGGUUCUCUGCUCCCGGGACACAGUCUUCAGGAGCAGCAUCCAGAAGAGGAACACCUCCCAUAUCAUCUGUCUAGUUGUGGUCUGGCUAACCUUGUUCUUCACCUAUUUCAAUGUUCUGUUCGCGGCCAAGGCGGCCAACGCAGAUGUGAAGAAGGCGAGGAACACUCUGCUUCUGCAUGGCUUCCAGCUCCUGCUCUGCAUGAUGACUUACAUAAUGCCCCUAUUUCAGGCGGCCCUGCUGUACCUUUUCCCCCAGCAUUUCUACGACAUUACGUUCGCCUUAUAUGUCUUCAUUCAGGUCAUGCCACGCUUCCUAAGCCCCAUUGUUUAUGGAGUAAGAGAUAAGAAGUUCCGGAACUAUCUCAGUAGAUAUUUGAUGUGUGAAGUCAUCAUAAAAACCAAACCAAACCAUCACAAUCACAAAGCAGGAUUCUAAAUAAUAAAAGAAACAAGCAAAAUAUUACCGUUAUAGUAUUCCAGAUUUUCCAGAUACAAUUUUUUUUGUAUAGCGCAUUUCUUACACCAAGCAGUUCAAUGUGCUUUACAGAGAAAAA